AUGGCUCUAUUUUCAACAACAGCCAUGGGCCAGACAGCGACUGCAAAUGCCCCGUCAUCGAUUACGACAUUGGGCUGUUACCAACAUCCGAACCCUCUGGUUGAACAAGGGUCGUACACUUUUCAGACUUCUGGCUACUGCCAAACACAAUGCGUGGGAUUAAACAAAGCUGUGAUGGCUAUUACAGGCGGCUCGACAUGUUAUUGUGGCGAUGAACUCCCAUCUUUGGAUCAAGAAGUGGACCAGGGCAAAUGUGACUCGGCGUGUCAGGGUUACGACCAACAGACAUGUGGUGGGUUAGGAUAUUGGCAGGUCUAUCUCACGGGACUAAAUGCCGAUGUCGACACCGCUCCAAACAGUACUACUAUUGCCUCUACAGCGCAACCCACCUCGACACAAGGUUCUGACCAGCCGCCGACAUCCACUCAGCCUUCUGUCAUCACCAAAGCUGGCCAGACCAUUGUGGUAACCGCCUCGGCCGAUGCCACCGCCACCGCCGUUGCGGCGAAAUCGUCGGGCGGACCGAACAAGGUUGGAAUUGCUGUUGGCGUCGUGGUCGGAGUCAUUGCCCUUGCUGCAAUCAUCGGUGUUGUUCUCUUCUAUAUGAAACGCCGCAAAAACAGGGAGAUUGAAGAAGAGCACCGUCGCAACGCUGCUGUCGGCGCGUUCGGGUCCAGCAAGUCGGAUAAAGCGUCAACAACCGACCAGCGACUUGACCCUUCAAUCUACUCGCACCGCAGACCGAGUAUCGGAAGUAUUGCCGAUGAACGAGAUUUUUCGAGGAGAAUAUUGCAGGUGCGGAAUCCCGACCGAGACUCCAAAGCGUCAAAUUUCGCGUGA